AUCGUGAUUCGAAAUCAAAAUCUUUAUAAAAAAAUUAAAAAUGAAACAACCCCUAAAUUGAAUUGCCCGCGCUGCCAUGAUCCUUUAAAACUAGACGCACCUGAUUGGCUAAUGAUAAGGUAGUAUUUUUGUUGUGGAUUUUGUGUUUGUAGUGGUGUGAGCACGUGUAUGAUAAUUGAUAUUGAUAAAAAUGAUGGUCUCGUCAGUCUCUUCAUAAAUCUGAUGUAAUAUUCGUUUAGUUUUCUGUUGAUGAGCAAUUAAAUUUGAAUUUCCCUCCUUCGAAACAAAAAAAUUCUUGAAAAAGCAUGGAUUCCGAAGUCAACUCAAAAGUAACCGGUCCAGUUCAUCACAGAAUUAGUAAAUAUUACAAUGUCAUGGUGAAAGUGGACGACGACGUUUAUUAUUUAGACAAAUUCCAACUGGCCUGGAAAUCAGACUACUUCGAGAAGUUAUUAAUCGAGUAUUCCCACCAACAAGAAUGCAUUUCAAUAGAACUACCACUGAUGGAUACCAAAACAUUCUCUACCAUAGUUGAAAUUAUAUAUGGGCAGUCUUUGAAGUCUGUCUUAGACCAAUUCAAUUACGUUGAUUUAAUAAUGGCUAUGGAUUACUUACAAAUGGAAAUAGAUUUGAGACCUUAUCAGUUUUUCAUCGAGCAUCAUUGCAGCCCAGAUAAGAAAAUAUUCAAAUUAUACAACUUCGUACGAGAGAAUCCUAAUUUACAAUGGUUGCUAAAGUCAGUUUUUGAUUAUUUAUCUGUUCAUUUGGCAGAUAUGCGAAAUAACAAAGAUUUCUUAUCUAUACCAUUUGACCAUAUAAUGCGGAUAAUUUUAGGCGAAAGAACUUUCACUUGGGAUACUCCGACUACGAGUAGGAGUGAUGUGCUUGGAGUUUGUCAAUUUUGCUCCGAAUGGAUUUGCACCAGUUUGGAAAAUAGGCUUCCUCAUGUAGCGAAGCUCGUCAAUGCUGUUAAACGAAGAUUUGAUUACAUGAAUGAAGUGAAUGAUGAUGAUUGUAAUACGAUGUUAUCCGAAAUCACCGAACCAAUGAAUCCCAAAAUUAUGUCGACAAAUUUCUACAAAUUUUUGAUGUGUGAUGGAGACAUACGAGCAAAUCCAGCUGAGAAUCUACUGGAAGAUGAAAGUAUACCGGAAGAUGAAAGUAUACACGAAGACGAAAGCAUUCAAGAAAAUGUGAAUCUACUGAAAGAUGAAAAAAAAGAUGUUUGGACGAACCGUCCUGAAAGUUAUGAUCGAAAAAAGUUGGCAAAAUUUGUAGAAAAUAAUUAUUUUCACGAUAUCGUAGUCACUGUUGGAGAAAAAACGUAUAAACUUCAUCGAUUUAUAUUGAAUUCAGCGUCCGGCUACUUCGCAGACAUUUCUUCCACUAAGCAGUCCAACUCCUCGGACGUUCCAUGUGCAGAAGUAUCGACACAGCAACCAAAUAAAAAUGAGACUUACUCGCUUCGUGAUGUUGAUCAAGCCACUUUCGACAUGAUCAUCGAAUAUAUCUAUUUCGGUGAAUUGCAAUUAACACUUGAGACUAUAACUCGUGUACUGAGAGCUGCCAAUUUUUUGAAAAUGGAAACAUUAUUCAAUACGUGUGUAUCUUGGAUGGAGAAGCAUAUUGAGGAAGUUUGUGCGAAAGUUUUACUCGUCGAUGAAUGUAUGUCUACGUCGUGGAUCGUAGACAACAUUGAAGAAAUUGUUUCAAGAUUUCUAACCAUACCCGAUACAGACGAUACAUUGGUUAUCUGUUUAAUUUCGUUCGAUAUGUUGGAAGAUUUACUUCUGUCUUCGACGCAUUGCUGUGAUAAUCCACAUCAAAUUGUAGAUGUAUGUUCGAAGUGGAUAUUCCACGAUGUAGAAAAUCGAUAUCAUCGGUUACCACAAAUAGCCCUUGAAAUUAAUCGCAAUCGCAAUUACCAUAAAAUCGAAGCUUCUACAGAUUUAAUCAACUACUCAUCGGAGCAGUCGAUUCGAGACGAAUUUUGGAAGAUUUUGAAUUCUACUUCGGUGAUACCUUCGAUUUCCAUUGAGAAAAAGCAGACCGUUGGUAAAAAGAAAUGGAAAGAAGUACCUGUGUUUGUAGCAGUGUCCGAGACAACGACUACAACUUAUGUUUUGAAUGCUAAUUUAGAAGAAAUCGCUUCGUUGUGUCUUUCACUUUCAGACCUUUAUGAAUUUGAUAUUAUGGGUGAUUACGUUUCUUUAGCUGCGACUUUAAUGGAUGAUAAUUUAUUCAUUAUGUUAUGUUUGGAUUAUGAUCGUUUUCGUUUUAGUGUAUAUAAUUUAUCUUUGAAAAAGUUCAUCUCGUUGAAUAACCGUGUUAAAGUGGAAAAAACAACUAGAGGUUUUAACAGUAGGAAUACGAGCAUGCUGUUGAAUUGUCGAGGGCAAGUUUACUGUGGCUUCAAACUCGGCUAUGUAUUGAAGUAUUCGUUCGAAUUGAAUCGUUGGAUGAUGUUUUCGGAGAAGCCGGUGUUUUCUGAUGGAUACUCGAAAGAUAAAUACGUAUGGUUUACAAGCGACGGAGAUAAGUUGUACAGGUUGUAUGGUAACUGCAUUUCUCAGAGUCAGAAUCCGUCGGUUUUAAAAUACGUUGUGGAAGAAUUCGAUUUUCAACAAAAUGCGUGGUUGUCUUUGUCAGAUAUUCCAUUUAGACAUCAACCGUAUUUUAAGGUGCAAAAUUUCACCAUCAUUAAAGGUGGCCAACUUGCUGUGAUAUUAACAUCAUGCUUCAUGUCAUUUAACCGGAAUUCAAGAAGGUGGCGUGAGCUUCCUCUUGUGAGCAAUUUUGUAUCUGAGGAUAUUCUUGAGAAAUCUUUCCUGUUGACCCAGUGUGAAGAUAGACUUUUACAUGUGCGCGGCGACGAACUCUAUCAAUGGUCUCGAAGAAAUCAAACCUGGCAGUUGAAAGAAGAACUACCAUCGGAAUCUGAAUCAUCCGUUGGUGGAGAAAGUAGUGGUACUGUAUAUGAGUACAUUCGUGCCAUUCAUAGGCCUCAUGUUUGAUCAGAAUAAUGUAAUGCAUCGAGUAAUAUUAUACCUAGUCAAUUAUUAUUUUUUUUUAUUGAUGAUUGUGAAAAGACUGAUGUGAAUAAAGUUAACUAUUCUG